AGUAUGAAAAAAAAAAUCAGUGUGUAAUCAAUCAAUUUCGCAGUCAAGUACUGGGAUUGGAAUUUUAUUGUUAACUUUUAUAAUGUAUUAUAUUGUAGGGCAUAGUCUUAGGGUAAAACAGUGGUAGUUUUAAAAUAGAACGAUGAAAAUAAAAACGUGAAAUGUAUAACUUGUUGUGCUAUAAGUGGUAUAACUGUUAAAUGUUGGUGGUUUUGGGCUGGUCCGUUUACAGAAACGGAAACAAUCUAUGUUUCCACUCGCUUUUAGGGCCGUUCUGUAAAAUAUUUAGGUGACAACUGUUUGGUUUCUUGUAUAAAUUGUACAGAAUUUAUAUUAUUGUAAUGUAAAUAAAAAAAUAUUAUUUGCUGGCGCAUGCGUCGGGACGGAAAACAGACAAAGGUUUUGUGGAGUUUGAAAAUCAGCUGUAUUAUUUUAAUGUGCAAUGAGUUAGUGCCCGUGGAGUGUUUGAAGAAGUGACAAUGAUUAGUGAAAUUGGAUACACAGUGUUUGUGCUCCUGGCCCUGCCUUACAUUGAAAGUGCAACCCGUCGCGAACUAAGUGAAUACAUCACAUACUACGAGCCGCUCGACUACGACGCGAGCGACUUGCACGAGCAGCACACGCGCGCGCGGCGCUCCACAGACGCGCCCGCUGACUUGCGGCUCAAGUUCCGCGCGCACGGCCGGCGGUUCCACCUGCGGCUCCGGCGCGACCUGUCCGCCUUCCACGAGGACCUGCAGGUGGAGGGCUCACAGGGGCAAAUACACAAUGUCGACACGUCGCACAUAUAUCACGGGGAAUUGGCUGACGAUCCCAAAUCGAAGGUGUUCGGUUCGGUGACGGACGGCGUGUUUGAAGGCAAGAUCGUCGCCAGCGACGGCGCGUACUACGUCGAGCACGCGCGGCGGUACUUCCCGCCGAACGGCACCCGCUCGCGGGGGCCCCACUCCGUCAUCUACCGCGAAGGCGAUGUGGUCGACCCGUACGCGCACAGGAGACACGGUCACGUGGGCGGCUGCGGUAUCACAGACGAGGUGGUGCAGUGGAUGGAGCGCAUCCAGAACUCUGGUGUAGAGGAUGAGGUCUCGCCGUCACCGCCUGCGCCUUCAGCCAACCCCUACCCGCACCAUAUACCGUCAUCGCCCCCGCCACAUCCUAACAGCUUGAGGGAUGAUAACCCUAGGUUCUGGGACAUGCAGUACCACGACAAGUACUCUCGGGCGGCGAACACCGGUCACUCGCGGUCGCGGCGGGCGGCUAAGGAGGCGAACCGUACCAGCUGCUCGCUUUACAUACAGACGGACCCGCUCAUAUGGCGGCACGUCAGGGAGGGGUUUCCUGAUCACCGAGAUCCCAGCAAGAAGGCCGAAGUGGACAUGAAGACCCGCGAGGAGCUGCUCUCGCUGAUCGCGCACCACGUGACCGCCGUCAACUACAUCUACAAGAGCACCCGCUUCGACGGACAUAUGGAGCACAGGAACAUUCAGUUUGAAGUGCAACGGAUAAAGAUCGAUGACUCCGAAUGCAACCACCACUACGGCACCAGCGAGACGAACCAAUUCUGCCUCGAGAAUAUCGACGUGUCCAACUUCCUGAACCUGCACUCACUCGCCAACCACGAGGACUUCUGCCUCGCCUACGUAUUCACCUACCGGGACUUCACCGGGGGCACUCUAGGUCUAGCAUGGGUCGCUAGCGCGAGCGGCGCGUCGGGCGGCAUCUGCGAGAAAUACAAGACCUACACGGAGACUAUAGGCGGCAUGUACCAGAGCACCAAGCGCUCGCUCAACACGGGCAUCAUCACGUUCGUCAACUACAACAGCCGCGUGCCGCCCAAAGUCAGCCAGCUGACGUUGGCACACGAGAUCGGACACAAUUUCGGCUCGCCGCACGACUAUCCGUCGGAGUGCCGACCAGGCGGCCAGCAGGGCAACUUCAUAAUGUUCGCGUCGGCCACGAGCGGCGACCGGCCCAACAACAGCAAGUUCUCCGCCUGCUCCAAGGGGAACAUCAGUCAGGUGCUCGACGCAGUGCGGGACGGUCGGAAGAGGAACUGCCUCUCGGCCAGCCAGGGAUCGUUCUGCGGGAACAAGAUUGUGGAGUUAGGAGAGCAGUGCGACUGCGGUUACGAUGAGCUAGAGUGCAAAGACCGGUGCUGUUACCCGCGCGUCAUUAACGACACGGAGCGCAGCCUUAACAUGAGCGCCCGAGGCUGCACCCGGAGGGCCAUGACGCAAUGCAGCCCGUCCCAAGGCCCGUGCUGCAACGCACAAACAUGCAUGUUCGUAACAGCGUUCGCCAACCAGACAUGUCGCGAGGCAACCGAAUGCAGUCACGCGUCGUUCUGUUCGGGGCGCUCUGCAAUGUGCCCAGAGCCGAGAGGAAUGGACAACGGCACUCUAUGCAAUAACGGCACCCAACUGUGCAAGUCCGGCGAGUGCAGCGACAGCAUAUGCAAGCUGUGGAACAUGACGGAGUGCUUCCUGUCGUCGGCGCCGACGGCGCGCGGCGACGGCGUGACGGCCACCGCCGACCGCCGCAUGCUGUGCCAGCUCGCCUGCCAGGUCGGGCCAGACCCUGACACCUGCCAGAGCACCGCCAGGUUCGCCAAGAAGUACAACCUGCCCGAGGAGGGCAUCAGCCUCCGUCCGGGCUCGCCGUGUGACAACUUCCAGGGCUACUGUGACGUGUUCCUAAAAUGCCGCGCCGUGGACGCCGAAGGCCCGCUGGCGCGUCUCAAGAACUUACUGCUGAACCGGGCCACGCUUCAAACGGUGCAGGCCUGGGUCAUCGAGCAGUGGUGGGCCGUGCUGAUCGGCGGGGUGCUGCUCAUCGUGUGCAUGGGCGCGUUCGUCAAGUGCUGCGCCGUGCACACGCCCUCGUCCAACCCCAAGCGGGCGCCGGCCAGACGGCUGUCGGAGACGCUGCGGCGGCCGAUGAACACGCUGCGGCGCAUGCGCCACGCGCACGGCGCGCACCCCGCGCGCCACGAGCCGCGCGCGCCGCGCCCCGGCCACCGCCGCGCCAGACACAAGUACACCCCGCCUGCCGCCUACACACGACCCGUCGCCGUCGCGUCGGCGCCGGCAGGCCCCAGCGCGGGCGCGCGGCGCGCUGAGCCGUACGCGAACGCCUACCCCGCGCCGGCGUACGAGAUGCGCUCGCAGAAGGUCUGACACUACGAGUACCCCGGCGCGGACGGCCUGGAGCUGGUGGCGCUGGCGCCCGGCGUGCCGCUGCUGCUCGGCUACGUGCUGCGCGCGCAGCCACCAACCCCCACCCCCACCGUCACCGUCGCCUCGCAGACCACCAUCACGCUACACUCGCCCGACACGCUCGCCGUCACCAACCCCCAGCGGCAGGCCGAUAUC